AUGGCGCUGGUCGUGUCCAAGUCGAGCAAGGUCGCCAACAAGGUGAGCCCGGAGCUCCAGAAGAUGCUGCAGCCGACGGCCGCGCGUCAAGAGCGCGUGCUCCACGCCCUCGACAGCCGCAACGCCAACAUCGUGCUCGGGAUCAUGACCAUGUUUACGCUCUUCGCCGACGACAUGCGGGUCGCGGGCUUCACCAAGUCGGCCGACGAGACGUUUUACGUCCUCGAACUCAUCUGCUUUGCGUGCUUUGCCAUCGAGUGGGCCGGCAACGUCUACGCGCGGCCCGACUACGUGCACAAGGGCCUCGGCUUUACGUUUUGGAUGGAUCUGAUUGCGACGCUCUCGAUCCUCGCGGACGUGGGCUGGGUCAUGGAAGCGCUCACGGGCGGCGCGACCUCCAACAGCGUCGCGUCGCUCCAAGCGAGCCGCGCGUCGCGCGCCGGUACCAAAGCCGGUCGUCUCGUCAAGCUCAUCCGGCUGAUUCGACUUGUGCGCAUCUCGCGCAUCUUCCGCACCAAAACCGCCGACACGGCCAAGGCCAUCAAGCUCAACGAACCGAGCAAGGUCGGCAAGAUCCUCACGGAGCUCACAACGCGCCGGCUCAUCGUGCUCGUGCUCGUCAUGGUCGUGCUCUUGCCAGUGAUUGACCAAACGCUCACGACGACCGACCAGUACCAGACGAGCGCCUUGUACCAGAUGCACCGCAUGGUGCAAGACUACAACUCGACGGGCUUGAUCACGCUGCCCGACAUGCAAGCGCUCUUUGACAGCUACGUGCGCAACUGCAACGGUAUCAUUUUGGACAUGAUCAUCUACGGCAUCGACAAGAACAUCACCAACCAAUGGCUCCAGAAUGUGCGCUUCCAGAGCUACUCGGGCUCGGCGUGGGUCGCGUCGUCGCCCUUCUCGGCGACCACGAACCCGAUCUCGGGCUGGUCGGCGUCGUACCUGACGACAGAAUUUGUCGGCUUUCGCUCCGCGGAUAUCAACCUGAUCUCGUACUUUGACUGCGUCGACAAACGAGGCGUCGUGGUCGACAACAGCACGUGCUUCUCCGCGGUCGUGUUUUACACCGCCAAGUCGAACGCGUCCGACUCGGAGCUCGCGAUUCUCAAGACGUGGAUCAUCAUCUUCCUCUUUGGCGGCAGCAUCUUUUUCUUCACGCGGGACGCCGACAUGCUCGUGAUUGGCCCAAUCGAGCGCAUGAUGGAGCUCGUGAACCGAUUGGCCAAGAACCCGCUCGGCAACACGGACAUUGAAGAAGACGCGUCGCAAGAGUACGAGACGCGCAUGUUGGAAAAGACCAUUUGUAAAAUCGAUCAUUUCGAAAACAUGGGCGGCACGGGCGAACUCAACGUCAUGAUUCCAGGCAAGAAGAUUUCGUCCAUCUUUGGCUUUGGCAUCAUCGAGCACUUUACCGAAACGUGCAGCAUCCUCGAAGAGAGCGUCAUCACGUACAUCAACACGCUCGCCGACAUUGUGCACACGGACGCCAACAUCUACUACGGCGCGGCCAACAAGAACAUUGGCUCGGCGUUUUUGCUGGCGUGGAAGAUCUGCGACGGGUCCCUCCCUGGCAUGCGCGACCCGCGCGACGCAGCGUCCAAGCCCAUCAUGAGUGCGUCCGAGAAGGCGGAGAAGCGCGCAGGCAUCGCUGUCCAGCUCUGUGCCUCGGGCUUUGCGCCGCGCGCGAUCACGCCGCAGGAGCUCGUCGACUCGGCGCUCAUGGCCGUGCUUAAAAUGCGCAUCGACAUCCACGCGGCCAACGAACCCGGCGGUCGGUUCGAGUUGUACCUCUCAAAUCCCAAGCUCCAGGCCAAGUUUGGCGAACACUUUGGCGUGCACAUGGGCUUCGGCCUCCACAUUGGGUGGGCCAUCGAAGGCGCGAUUGGCUCCAAGUACAAAAUCGACGCGUCGUACCUCUCGCCCAAUGUCAACAUGGCGGCGCGCCUCGAGAACGCGACCGGGCAAUUCCAAGUCCCGAUGCUUAUUAGCGAGUGGUUCAUGGACGAGCUAAGUCCAUUUGCCAAGACCCAUUGCCGCAAGAUCGACCGCGUGACCGUCAAAGGCAGUGAGAUUCCCAUGGACCUCUGGACGUUUGAUAUUGGCAACUACUCGAUCGACUGCGACCCGAUCGUUGAUCCCAACGGGGUUCAGAUGCCCCUCGACUAUGAGAAAAACGACAUUUUGCCGCGGCUCCAAGAAGGCAUUCCGCGCGCGUUCUUCUCGACCUUUAAGGAAGGCAUGCAAGCGUACCUUGACGGCGACUGGGCCAAGGCCCAUGCGCUGCUGAGUACGGCGUACGAGACGUACCGUGAUGGCCCCACGAACGUGCUCUUGACGAUCUUGCGAACCGAGUCGGCCGACCCCAAUGGGUAUGCAUGCCCGACGUGGUGGAAAGGGUUUCGGCCCUUGACCGAAAAGUAG